AUGACGCACGAGGUGAAAGACGCAAAUGCGACCGUGUCAAGUGCAUUGUCCUCGGGAAACAUGCGCCAGCGGUCGCGACAGGCAUGCGUGCCCUGCCGCCAACGCAAAAGAAAGUGCGAUGGGAAAUUUCCAUGCUCGACCUGUACAGGCUAUGGAUACGAUUGCCAGUUUUUGGAGGACUCUGUGAAGUCUGUCAAAAGACACGCAGACUCGGUUUCGUUGCCACUGCCCUCUACGAAGGCUGCUCGUUUGUCAGAGGCAACAGCGAAAAGCCUGGGAGGCAGCUCGGUGAUCUCUUCUUCCUCUCAUGGCAUCCUUGAGCCUUUAAAGCUCAGGUAUAUGGACCGACACUCAUCAGUUGCGUUUCCCAUGACGGUCGGCCUGGAUAUGCAGGCCGCAAAUCCCCCGCGACUGCACUCUUUUGCGUAUAACCCUGGAGUUCGCGCAGAGCCCAGCUGUGGUGUCACCUUUGACUUGACCGCAUUUAUCUCAUGGGAUAAAGUCCGAAGUCUGAUAGAUGUGUACUCGUCGACCGUCCAUCCGGUGUUUGGACUGCUGGACAUGGAGCGGCUGUACCACCGAUGCGAGGAGCACUGGCGCGGCAAAGCGCAAGGCCUGGGUCUGGAAGCCCUGAUCAGCGGAGUCAUUGCCCUCGGCUCUCUUUUCUCUGGUUUUCUCAGCGAAGAAGAGGAGAUGAGGAUCAUGCUGCAUGCGAAGGACAUCCUGGAAGAUGCCUGGGUUAGUCGGAUACCUUCCAUUGACAAGAUCGCCGGGUGGAUCUUGCGUACCAUCUAUGUGCGAUCGACCAGUCGGCCACACUCGGCUUGGUUGUGCAGCUGCACCACGAUGCAUCUCGUUGAAGCCGCUGGUCUACAUCGGCCAUUAGACGCGGUCAUUCUGACAACCGGAGGUAGUGGCAGAAAGGCUUUGGAGGAUAUCGCUGAGACACGGGACCGCAUUGCCCAGGUAGCUCAGUGUUUGAAUAUAAUCAUAGCCUACGAUUAUGGACGGUCUGUGGUUGACCUUGGAUUGAAAUGGAAAAGAGACUCGAGGUGCGAUGCACCGUCCAGUGACCUGACGCCACAGUUGUUCGGUCUGGUCGGAGCUGUCCCGCUCGACAACAACGCUGACCCGGUUGCCAGGCGGGAUGAGCUGGCCGUGGGCCUUGAGAAUCUAGUCAAGGUGUCGGUUGAGCAUGACUUUUUGAUAUUAGUCAAGGCAGACCUGGCAUUUUGUAUCUACCGCCGGAUCCGACUUCUAGACUCUGCAACGCCUCAAGCGCAGCUCGAUCGAGUCAUCGAGAUCGGCCGUUCCGCAUUAUCUUCUGCCCGGCGACUGGUUGCACAGAACCAUCCGUGGUGGAAUGUCGUUGUUACUGUCUUCCAGUUUAUCUGCGUGCUUGUCGCCAUCGAUACAACCGAGAGUCUGGAUAGAAUCCCGGAAGCUGUGGAAACCAUGGAAAUGAUCGCACAACGUUUGAACACGCAUUUGGCAAAUGAAGCGCUUCUCACAGCACGCCAUCUCAUCAAUGCGUCACUGGAGAAGAAGCGAAAAGGCAUCUCGAUCCUCGCGCGGGUGUCGGGAAUUUCUGCACCGAUUGACUCUGAUCGCUUGGGAGGACAAUGGCUCCCUUCAGAUUCAUUGUUGGAUACAUUUUCACAAACACCGUCGAUUGAUAUGGACUUUCUUCUCGGCAUGGACUUGCUGCUUUGA